AUUGCCGCGUCCUAGGACAGCGCUGGGGGCACAUACGUUUUGGCCCGCAGGGUAACGACAGUGGUGAUUUUGUGGUGGGGUCUGUCGUUCACAGGACGAGGGACCUCAGAGCCUGAGAUGAGAAGGUGCCGGUGAGGUCCGUUCACCCUCUUCCUGCAGCUGGAGAGGGCAGGCGGGGGGGGGGGGGGGGGGGGGCCAGCUUGGGCGCCGCUCACGUCCUUGGAGACACGUUCCAGGGACAGGAAGCACAUCGGCAUCCCGUGGGUGUGUGUGCCUGUGUAUGAGCGAGCAGGCGUGUGUGUCGGCACGUGUGCAUGCACACACAAGCGCGAAAGCGUGCAGGCAGGGGGCACGUCUGCACCCGCUCACGUUAGAGUGUGGGUGUGCAAGCACCUGGGAGUGUGUGCGUGCGCACAGGCAACAGGGUGAGCGUGCAAGCACCUGCACUGUACGUGCACGCGCGAGUGCGAGCGAGUGUGCCUGGGUGUGCGCGCGCGUGAGCUCACGUGAGUGUCAACGUGCCUGUCUACACGCAUGGAUGCGUGCGCGUGUGCGCGUGUGCGUGUGAACGAGCGUCACAGUGCACUAGCAAUCCCCCUGAGAUCCCUAGUUCUUGGGCCCCGUGUUGGGCAAGAUGCCGGGGUUUCCUCGCAGGGGCCUGGGGGCGGGGGCUCUUUGCCCGAUGGACACGUGACCAGACCCUUCUUGAAGUCAUGGGCGUGGCGUCCUGGAGAGACUCCCCUCUCCCCGCCACGUUGCGGUGCGUGGUUAUUUUGUCCUCAGAGCGUUUACAUGGAAAAGAAGAACGUGGAAAAACCCUGCGGCCGUCAUGCAGAAAAACAUGCGUAAAUAGUAGCUGGAAGGAAAUACCUCACUGCGGUUGGAGUGAAAAGGCCGCACAUGGUUUUCUGUUUGUGCUUGUAACAAAAGGAGGGUGAGGGAGGACCCAGCUCGAAACAGACGGUCACUUUUGAGAGUUUCUUAGAAUCACGUGAGUUUUGAUACCAAGGGAAAGCACGUUGUGACAACGCUUCGUGGACAAUUCCAAAUCAGCACGAAGUGCUCAGCCGGAGAGAUGUCUUGACCUCGCUCGGCUCUCUUGGGGCCUCCGGCUGGGCGUUCUCCCGGUUGGAACCUUGGCCAGACAGGGAGUGAUGUGCGAAGAACUCGGGCUUCAGGACUGAAUCUUCCAGUCGCUGGCUGUGUGGCCUCUCUGACCCUCAGUUUCCGUAUCUGUGCAAUGGGAGCAAGGGAUCCACCCCAUAGAGUAGCAGUUCUGAACGUGCGAGAAAAUAGCACACAGGACCACUUUCCAGUUUUAGAAUGUAAAGGUGUGACCGCACCUUCCUAUUUUAUAGACGCUCUCGUCCGUGACAGCGGUCACGGCUCCCAGAAAUAGACGAAUAUCGCAAAACAGAUUCAUCUCACAUGUUUAAACGUUCAGGCUUUUUCAUUUAUCGCUGGUGCUGAUUAAAUCCCGUCUUUUCUCGACUAUUGCGUUAUAGCUCCAAGAUGUACUCUUUUCGUAUUGAAACUUUUUUUUUUUUUUUUUUUUAAUCCCAGCGGUUUCUGAGUCAAUCCCGACUACCGGCUUUCUGCAGAGGGCACUGCCUUCCAAGACGCUCGCGCUGAGCCCCUCCGCUGCCCGAUUGUUUCCACCUCCUCGUUGUUGUUGUUGUCCUGGAAUCUGUCCUGUAAUCACUAACCGCGCAAACGCGGCCGUCCGUCAUCCUAGCGGUUAACCUACUGAGGAUAGGAGGUGUAGCAACGGUGCUGUGGGAGUUAGGCUGGAAGGUCCCUUUCUGGAAGGCCUGGGUUGUGGUGAGAGCGCCAGGGGAAUAACACCUCUGAACCCUCCGGCCAAGACGGAUCUUGGUUACCUUCCCUGAGAGUCUUCCCAGCGGAACUAGUGAGGUCUUGACCUGGCGCUAACGGGCUCCAGCUUCGGUGCCAACCAAGCAGCGAAAGACAGCCUGACGGGCGACGAGGAUGGCUUCACCCACGAGAAAGUACCUCGUGUGAAACUUACAUGCCAAACGCACACACCGGGCGUGGCGGCCACCGAGAUAAAACCUACGUCGGCUGAAGCCCCAUCACCCGCUCCGUUUUUCACUCCUCUGGCUCUGUCUGCCUCGCGCCCCUGUUCACGGGAGCGAACAGAAUUGUGUCCUCGUGGAGAUGGCUUUGUGGGGACUGUUCCGACUUUACGCCGUGAGCGGCUGUACCGCCAUCUUUGUGGCGAGCCCGCCGGUGUCCAUGUUGAUGCUGACCGGGAACGGACGUCUCUGAGACUGCCGCUUCGCGGCCCUCAGAUCACUGCCCGGGAAGAGGUCUCUGGGUUCCGGCCUAUGAACAUUUUUAUGGCUUUGAUCCGUAUUGUCCAGCGGUGUGAAGGACGCUUUGCUGAAUCUGAUGUACCACUUUGAUUUGGUGCUGUUUUCUCCUGCCAGUUUGCGACGAUACGGAACAGAAGGGCCCUUUCUCCAGGCCCCAGUGGCCCAGACCCCUUUGUGUAGCCGCCCAGGAGAGGCCUAGAGCCGCACUGCCUCCGACGACCAUGCUCGGGACCCUCGGGCUGGCCCUGCUGGCUCUGGUCAGCACGGUGGGCCUGAGCCAGGCCAGCGGCUUUACAGAAAACGGCCUUUCCUUGCUGAGUUUCCAGCUGUGCAACUACACCGUGACCCGAAACGUCCAGAAAGUGGAGGCCGUCCACACGUCGCACGUGACCUACACUCCCUGUGGCGGGUGGAUCCCGUGGAGGAGGUGCCCCAAGACGGUGUACAGAACUCAGUACCUGGCCGUGGACGUCCCCCAGCCCAGGAACGUGACCGACUGCUGUCGGGGUUAUGAGCAGCUGGGCCUCUACUGCGUCCCGCCCCUGAAUCGGUCCAGGGAGUUUGCCUCGAGACCCGGGGUCUGCCCCGCGGUGGGGCCAGAAGCACCCGCCUCGCCGUGCACGCUGGACACAGACUGCCCCGGGCUUCAGAAGUGCUGCGUCUCCCCCCGGGGCCACCACUGUGUGGCUCCCGCUCCCCGAGCUCCAGAGAGGGACCCGGUGACCUUCUGGUACGAUGUGACCGUCCUGGUGAAAAUGGCCUUCAAGGAGCUGGAGGAGGUGGACCCCAGGCUGCUGAAUCACAUGCGGCUUCUGUACUCCAUGGUCACCAGUGCCUUGCAGCCGCUGCACCCCUCCGUCCACCACCUGCAGUCGGCCAGUGGGGACCCCUCGACCACGGUGUCGCAGCUGCUGCUGGGCCUGCCGUGGCCGGUGCCCGUGGCCAACGUCUCCGCGACGCUAGACAGCAUCGUGCAGCGCGUCUAUGAAGUGAUCGACAUCCGGGUGCGAGACUGCCCUCCCAUCCGGGACUACAUGACCCUCAACGUCACCAGCAGCAGCUUUCGGGUGUCUUGGCAUUUACAUUCUCCCUGGCCCCGCACUUUCCACGUGCGGGUGUACAAGGGGGAAGAGCUCCUCCGGAGCGCCAGGACCGCGGGGAGGAGCCUGGAGGUGGCGGGGCUGGAGGCCGGAGAGCUCUACGGGGUGCGGACCGGCUACCAGGGGUGCGGGGCCAACGUCACCGCCACACUGGCCGUCAGAACCGAUGCCCGGGUAUUCCAAGUCACCGUCAGGGUCCUCAACCGCAACGUGACGGGGGCCCUUCUCAACCGCAGCAGCACCGAGUUCCGGGACUUUUCUCGACAACUGCUCCACGAGGUUGAAAACUCCUUCCCGCCAGCCGUCUCCGACCUGCACAGGAGAGGGAAGCUGAGGACACAGAUGGUCUCUCUCCAGGCUGGAAGCGUGGUGGCGACGCUCAGGUUGACCGUGCAGGACCCCGAGUUCCCAGUGGGGGUCUCCACGCUGGCCCCCAUGCUCCCGCCUCUGCUGGCCAGCACCGUGUUCCAGAUUGAUCCGCGGGGGACGCUCGUGCAAGAUUGGGACGAGUGUGCAGACAGCCGGGGGCACGACUGCUCACCCGCUGCCCAGUGCAUCAACGUCGAGGGCUCCUACACCUGUCGGUGCCGGACGGCCAGGGACGCCAACCCCUCCCGCGCGGGCCGGGCCUGUGAGGGUGACGUGGUGAGCCCCACGGGAGGGGUGCUGGCUCCAGCAACAGGUGUUACGGCCCCAGCUGUCAGCACAGAGACAACAGCCCUUGGCCCAGAGACGUCUGCCUUGUGGCCCAGCCCUGGGCACCCAGGGGGCACCCCUGCAGCAAAUCAGGCCCAGACCCCGGGGCCCCCACCCAGGAGAGGGGGCAGCGGCCCGGUCGGGAAGGACAAGAACAGCACGAGGCAAGGCCUGGAGGAGGGGGCACCCAGCAGGACCCCAGGCCUGGUGACAGGCCGGUGGCCAGCCAGCACGGCUCCUGGGACAACCCGCAGCUCCCCUUCUGGGCCCACGAAUGGCUCGCUGAGCACCCCUGGGUGGUUAUCAAGAGACUCGAGCACGGAGCGGCCCCUCUGGCCCAGUCCUACCGAGGGCCCCACAGACCACAUCGUCUGGCACGCCAGCCUCCCCACUGGGGACACAGCACCAGCAGCUCUGGACCCCACAAGGCCACAGAACUUGGUCCCCCGACCCUCCGGCUCCCCGGACCUUCCCUCGGCCCCCACCCCUGAGUCUCUGAAGCUUCCGGCCUGUGUUCCCGUCCCCAUCGAGAGGGUCACGGUGUCCAACGUGAGCAGCACCAGCUUUCACGUGGCGUGGGCGGCAGAUCUCACCCCGCACCCCACCUUCCAGCUCACCCUGACCUCCCCGCGGAGCCCCGCGGUGCACCUGGAGACCCGAGACGCAACCCUGACGCUGUCGGGCCUGGAGCCUGGCGUCCUGCACCUGGUGGAGAUAGCGACCAAAGCUUGCGGGAACGGAAGUGCCAGGGCCCGCCUGAAAGUCAGGACAGCGGCCCAGAAGCUCAGAGGGAAAGUCAGAAUAGCCAACGUCAGGUACGAGGAGCCCUUCUGGAACGCAAGCAGCAGGGAGUAUCAGGACUUCCUAGAGCUGUUCUUCAGGGUGGUGCGGGAUUCCUUGCCGGCCGCCAUGCUUCGGCAUGUGGACGCCGGUGGGGUCCAGAUGGAGGUGACCCGCGUCGCCAACGGCAGCGUCGUGGUGGAGUUUAACCUGCUGAUCAUCGCAGACGUGGAUGUCCUCGAGGUGUCUGCCGCGUUCCUCGUCGCCCUCCGGAACGCCUCUCUGCUGGAGGUGGUCGGCGAGGACACCUUCAUACAAGAUUACGACGAAUGUGACAGCCAGGAGCACGACUGUGAGCCGGGCGCGUCCUGCCACAACACCCUGGGCUCCUACACCUGCAGCUGCACGGGAGGAGCCCCCCGCUUCCCUGUGGAAUUUUCGGGAAGAUCCUGUGACGGUGACUCUCCCGGAAGCACAACCCAGGCUCCCGGCCCCCCUCUGGCCGCUGGCCCCGAGCAGGCCCCCACCCCGGCGGGAACCGCGGCUGCCAUGGCACCAGGUGCCGGCCCGGGUCCCCGGGGCCUGCCCCCGCGACUGAACCUGACCGAGGCGGUCAGGGUGCUCUGCGACAUUGAGAAGGUGGCCAUCGCCGUCCAGAGGCGCUUUCUGCAGCAGGAAUCCAUCCCCGAGUCCUCCCUGUACCUGGGACACCCAUCCUGUAACGUGAGCGACCACAACAGCACGCACGUGCUCCUGGUGGCCGGGUGGAGCGAGUGCGGGACCGUCGUGCAAAGUAACGUGACGAAUACGGUGGUGAGGACCACCCUGAGGAACGACCUGUCCCCUGAGGGCAUCAUCCACCAUCUGAAGAUCCUGAGCCCCAUCCACUGUGCCUUCCAGAACGACCUCCUGACAUCGUCAGGCUACACCCCAGAAUGGGGGGUCUAUACCAUCAUCGAGGACCUCCAUGGUGCUGGCAGUUUUGUCACCGAGAUGCGGUUGCUUAUUGGGGACUCCCCUAUACCUCGAAAUUAUAGCGUGUCUGCCAGUGAUGAUGUCAAGGUCGAGGUGGGGCUCUAUAAACAGAAGAGCAACCUCAAGGUGGUCCUGACCGAGUGCUGGGCGACACCAUCCAGCAACGCCAGGGACCCGGUCAUGUUCGGUUUCAUCAACAACAGCUGCCCCGUCCCCAACACACACACGAACGUGAUCAAGAACGGGGACUCCAGCAAGGCCCAGUUUAAGCUGAAAAUCUUCUCCUUCAUCAACAACUCCAUUGUCUACCUGCACUGCAGGCUUCGUAUUUGCAUGGACUCCCCUGGAAGCAUGUGCAAAAUAAAUUGCAAUGACGUCAAGUCCCCGAGAAGCAGCGAGGCAUCCACCAUACACCAGACAUCCUGGGGACCCCUCGUCCGGUCUGAAGGUGAGCGUCCAGGCGCGGAGCCGGGCCUGGGAGCCGGUUACCUGGUCCUCAUCGUGGUGGCCAUCUUCGCCGUGGUGGCCGGGGCGGCUGCCCUUGUCCUCGUGCACUACCAGAGAAUCACUGGCAAAUACAGCUUCAGAGCCGGGCCGGACGACUUCGGCUACCAGGUGUUCUCUGGGUAGGCGGUCCCGGCGGGCCCGCAGGUGGCUGUGAAUCAACCUCGGUUCUUAAUCCAUGAAGCAUCGAUGGAAACCUGCUCUGUCCCACAUCCAGAGCUUGGAUGAGUCCCGGGGGUGCUGAAAACACAGCCUCUGACUGACCCAGGAGACCCGUCGUCUGUGUAGGUCCCAGAUAAGCAAUGCCCACCAGGCGGAUGUAAGAGCUUUUGGAGUAGGAGGUGGGGUGAGGGGUAUGCCCCAGGCAUGGGGAUCUUCAAACGAGCUUGGAUCCAGCCUUGCCAUCACCCAGAUCACCUCCACAGCCCCCAGAGCCCCCAGACUCUUUACCCUCCUAACUGGCUCAAGUGGUCCUUUCUGGUUUUGCUCACCACUGACAUCUGUCACCUGCCACCCAUCCCCCCAUCCACUCAGCCAUGUAGCUACCCGUCCAUUCAGCCAUCCAUUCAUCCAAUGCUCUGUCAUAUAUAUAUUUCACAUUUUCAAAGAUAUUUGACAGUGCACUUGGAGUUCUUUUAACAAUAGGUCAGUCAUAAAUGCACCGCUAAUGUCAUUUUUAGUGGACAUAUAUGCUCUUUAACGUCUGCCUUUCCAGGACAUUGUUUUUAUUGACACAACAAGGACUCAAAAGACACUCCAUUAAUAUGAAAAUCUUUAUAAGUAGAAAUAACAUUAUAUACAUACACAUACUCACUAUUUUAUAUUUUUUCCAAGUAUUUUCACAGCCAUUUAAAAAUAUAAUUUUACCCCAGGAGAGGUACUAUUUAUCCAUUGCACAAUGGGAAAGCAGAGAAGAAAUGGGUGAGUCAUUUUCAUAUGGCCACAAAAUGAAUUAAUAAGGAACUGGGUGUAGAAUCUAAAUUUUUAUCUUAGAAUGUUCUCCAUUACACCAUACU